UCUGAGAGAGAGAGAGAGGGAGAGAGGAAAAACCCCAUUUUCUAGGGUUUCUGAAGGAAAACGAAAACCUGAACCCGCUUGAAUUUCCAGUGUUUUUCACUCGUUCUCGAUCCAAACCGUACUCCAAUGGGGAAAUCUCCAUCUCCUCCGAUCUCCGUCAAAGAUGCGGUCUACAAGCUCCAGCUCUCCCUCCUUGACGGAAUCUCCCAAGAAUCCCAGCUCAUUGCUGCCGGCUCCAUCAUCUCCAAAUCUGAUUACCAAGACGUCGUCAUUGAGCGUUCCAUCGCCAAUCUCUGCGGCUACCCCCUCUGUCCCAACAGCCUUCUGGCCGAUCACCCGGCCCGUAAGGGCCGCUACCGCAUCUCCCUCAAGGAGCACAAGGUGUAUGAUCUCAAGGAAACGCAUAUGUACUGUUCACCGGGCUGCGUCAUAAAUUCGCGGGCUUUUGCUGGUAGUUUGGAGGAUGAGAGGCUCUCGGAGUUGGAUUCAGGGAAGGUUAUGGAGGUUUUCAGGUUGUUUGGUGAAUUGGGUUUGCGAGAGGAGAAGGAAAAGGGUGGUUUAGGAAAGAGUGGGGAUUUAGGGUUUGGGAAUUUGAUCAUUCAGGAGAAGACGGAUACAGUGGCCAGGGAUGUGGCGGUGGAGGAUUGGAUUGGACCAUCAAACGCGAUUGAAGGAUAUGUUCCCCAACACGACCGAAGCCAGUCGCUUUCCUCAUGUAGGAAACACAGUGAAAAAGGUUCUAAACUUAAACAGGCUGGUUCAGAAGAGGACGAAGGCACAGUAGGAAAUGAGACAGGUUUUACGAGUGCUAUAAUUAUCACGGAUCAAUCUAGUACUUCAAAAGCAUCUUCUGCUCGUAAGAAAAAUACUCCCGACGCAAGAAUUAAAAAUUCACGAGGAGAAGUUUCUGUAGAGAAAACAGCUGCAUCAAAUGAAACUCUGUUGAAAUCUCCCUUGAAGUCUUCUGGAGGAAAGGCAUUAACCGAGACAGAUUUUACAAGUACCAUAAUUGUUGAAGAUCAACCUGGCACUCCAAAAGCAUCUCCUGCUAGCAAGAAAAAAUCUUCCAACAGAAGAGUUAAAAACUCACAAGGAGAAGUUUCUGUAGAGAAAAUAGCUGUGUCAAAUGAAACUCUGUUGAAAUCUCCCUUGAAGUCUUCUGGAGGAAUGCCAUUAACUGGGACAGGUUUUACAAGUACCACAAUUGUCGAGGAUCAAUCUGGCACUCUAAAAUCAUCUCCUGCUAGCAAGGAAAGUAUUUUUGAUACAACGGUCAAAAAAUCGCAAGGAGAAGUCUCUAUAGAGAAAACAGGCGAUUCGAAUAAAACCCAGUUGAAAUCUGCCUUGAAGUCUUCAGGAGCAAAGUCAUUAAACUGCAGUGUAACUUGGGCUGAUGAGAAUGUGGGUGGUGGCGAUCUCUGCGAUAUUCAAGAGAUAGAAGAUAAAUCUGCUAGCCUAGGGAGCUCAGGUGUUUCAGAUGUUGAGGAUGUUAAGAGUUCUUUACGUUUCGCUUCAGCUGAAGCUUGUGCAAUUGCAUUGAGCGAGGCAUCAGAGGCUGUUGCGUCUGGUGAAUCUGAUGUCCUGGAUGCUGUGUCUGAAGCUGGCAUUGUUAUCUUGCCUUAUCCACGUGAUGGUGAUGAAGGGAACUCUCCUGAGGAUGUGGAUGUGCCUGAAUCGGAGCGAGGUCAUGUCAAGUGGCCAAGAAAGCCCGUGUUUCUUGAUUCUGAUGUAAUUGAUUCGGAGGAUUCCUGGAGUGACACACCACCAGAGGGGUUUAGUUUAACUUUAUCUGCAUUUGCAACGAUGUGGAGUGCACUCUUUGGAUGGGUAUCGGCUUCUUCUCUGGCUUAUAUAUAUGGACGCGAUGAAAGUUCUCAGGAUGAAUUUUUAUAUGUUGAUGGGAGGGAAUACCCAUGCAAGAUUGUCUUGAGUGAUGGGAGAUCUUCUGAAAUCAAGCAGACUCUAUCUGGUUGCAUUGCUCGUGCUUUGCCAGCAGUUGUUACGAAUCUCAGACUGCCAACACCAAUUUCUACGCUCGAGCAAGCACUGGUGCGUUUACUGGAUACGAUGUCAUUUGUUGAUGCACUGCCACCCUUCAAGACGAAACAAUGGCAUGUGAUUGUUCUUUUGUUCAUUGACGCUCUCUCAGUUCGUAGGCUUCCAGCACUUCCUCAACAUAUGGCAAGCAAGAGGAUGCUACUACACAAGGUACUUGAUGCUGCUCAAGUAAGCGGGGAGGAGUACGAGGUCAUGAAAGGCCUUCUUAUCCCACUUGGUCGGCUACCUGAAUUCUCUGUUCAGAGUGGUGGUUAAAGAGUCAUCCGGAAACACAGGUCUGCAGCCAUGUUGCUUGUUAGCCCAGAAUUCAGGUAGUUAUGGCUGGAACCAUACAUGACCAUGUAUUUAUUGUGGGAACAUGCACUGGAGUUAUGCAUACUUUGAGGAGGUGGAUUCCACCGUUGCAUUUCAUGAUGUUCCGUUUUUGCUUCAACUGGCAGUACUUACAGUGAAAAUGCUUGUUACGAGUGAUCAAUGCAUAGUUUGAGUGU